CCCUGUAUAGAUGAUUUUUCGGGGUGUUCUUCAUGCAUGCGCUAGUUAUUCCGUGAACGGCUUCCGCUUCGCGCGCGUGAAAAUUUACUUGAAACGCGACUAUAGCACCCAAUCUCCCCCGGCCUAUCCUUGGCGAGCGACAAACGACAUGGCGGCGGCCAACAGUGACACUGCGGAAGAACUUUGUGUCACUAUAAAAUGGAGUGGAAAAGAAUAUCCUAUAGAGAAUUUAUCCCCUUCCGACACUGUGAAGUUUCUAAAAGAACUCAUAAAAGACAAAACUGGCGUUCUACCCGAGAGACAGAAACUUUUAGGCUUGAAAUAUAAAGGUAAAAGUCCAGAUGAUGAAGUACGCCUUAGUACCUUGAAUUUGAAGCCAAAUACAAAGAUUAUGAUGAUGGGAACACGAGAAGAGAACUUAGCUGAAGUUAUUUCUCCUUCUGAAGAAAUUUUAAAUAAUCAAGUGAUAAAUGACUUUGAUAUAGAGGAAGAUGAGAUUGAAAUAGAAAACAGGGAUGAGAAUCUUGCCAAAAUUAACAAAAGGAUAUCAGACUAUAAGUUAGAAGUUCGCAAUCCCCCGAGAGCUGGAAAGAAACUACUUGUCCUUGAUGUGGAUUACACAAUAUUCGAUCACAGGUCAGUUGCCGAAACUGGUUUUGAGCUUAUGAGGCCAUAUCUCCAUGACUUUCUGACAGCCUCCUAUGAGCAUUAUGACAUUGCUAUAUGGUCUGCCACCAGUAUGAAGUGGAUUGAAGCUAAAAUGAAAGAGCUUGGCAUACUAAAUAAUCCAAAUUACAAGAUAUGCUUUCUACUAGACAGUGGAGCUAUGAUUACUGUCUUGUCAUCAAAAUAUGGCCUUAUUGAGACCAAACCAUUAGGUGUCAUAUGGGGAAAGUUUGAGGAAUACAGCAGCAAAAACACCAUCAUGUUUGACGAUCUCAGAAGAAAUUUUCUUAUGAAUCCCCAAAAUGGUCUGAAGAUUAGACCUUUUCGAGAAGCCCACAAAAAUAGACAAAAAGAUAAAGAGCUGUUAAAAUUAACAAAGUAUCUGAAAAAGAUUGCUAAACUGGAUGACUUCAGCAAUUUAAACCACAAGUACUGGGAAAGCUACAAGUCAUAGAUAAUAGUCAAUAUUAAUCAAAUGAAGACAUCAAUCAGCUUCUUAGAGGCAUGCCCAAGGAAUGAGUACAACAGCGGAUCAAAACAAGCUUAAAAAAAAUACUAACAAAACAAAAAAAAAGAUGCACACAUGAAAGUGUGGCAUUAUUUAUUGUACACUACUUUGUAGAAAGGUUCCCAGAAACUUCAUCCAUGGUGUGUAGAUAAAUGAAUUGAUUUUGAACACUAGCAAUGCUUUGCUUGCCACACAGUUAAACUGUUUGGUUCCAUGAAAUUUGUAUGUAGACGUUAAACUGGAUAGGGUACCAAGCUAUCAAAUUGGCAAGACGUUUUUUCAAAGUUUUAAAUCUCAUUUUCUCAUUAUGAACUCCAUCCUACAAUUUACAUGCAUUUCCCAUCUAGGUUAUCGAUUUUUAAAAUAAUUAUGUCUAAUAUAUUGCAGCAUGCAGGCUAUGUAUAAUGUAGAAAAAAAAGAUGUUUAAAUUAGAUACUUCUCCUAAAAGCAAACAAUUCCUCAUUUAGCUGAGGAAUUUUACAUUAAAAGACAUUCGCAAAAAGAAGAAACAAGAGCAAUUUUAAGUCCUCUUUUCCCUAAGGCAUAAAUUUUAGACCAAGAAAAUGGCAGUACAAAAAUAUUACACUGAAUUUUGUUUCAGCUUCUCCCUCAUCCAUCCUUUUUGGCAAUGUCCGUGUAUUCAAUGAAUGAAAUGAAAUGAGAACAAUGACCAUUCAUUGAAAUGUCCAGGGCACUGUUGUUCAGAGACUUCCUUUGCAGCUCAUCGGUGAAUUAUGCAGCUGAUCUUUGAACUACUUGGUCCAGGCAGAUGCAUUUCCUAAAAGCCAUAUUAGAACAUUUGAACAUGCCAACCACGAUAUUCCUAUUCUUCUACUCUCUCUAAUGUGCCCCUUUAGUCUUGCCUACCCCCUUGAGAAAAUAGUGGCUUUAAGAUUGUAAUCUCCACCUGUGUUCCUAUCACUUAUUAACACGUCCUGCAAAGGGCCUUGAAAAGUAAUAUUAAGGCACCUGGGAGAUUGAUACAUUAUAAUCCUGUCAAUAUGACCUGCUGGGCCUCACAAAUGGGGUCAUAUAUUUUACCCAAUGCCCAUGGUCUCAGAAAUUGUUUGAAAAGAGCUGGUUCACCAUCCACAUCAUGAGUAAAUUCAUUGAUGAGACAACUUGAAAGUAUUAAAAUUACACAUAGGGCAGUCUACUUCAUGCAGGCACUUUCAGGGGGGCACAUGGUAUUUUUGCAGCUAUCACUAUUUGUGUGGUUCCAGAAAAUAUCCAUACCUUCCCAGGGAUUUUUUGUAAGACCACCCAGCCCUCUGGAAAUUUCAAUCCCUUCUGUUGGGAAAGUAUGGAUAUUUUCUGGCAAAAUGUAAUUUGAAUACGAAAGCUAGGAAACAAACACACCAAAGCCAAGGUUCCUCUCAUAAUCUUACAAUAAUUAGUUCACCAUCAUGUAUGAAUCAUUUGUGGGAAAUAUGUCGUUCCAGUUGUUACCUUCCUACAAUUCUCUAUUCCUUUGCAUGGUAUUCAAAACAUAUUAAAACCAUACACUGCAGCUGUACUUCGUGAAACCAUUAAAUGUCAUGUUUAAAUUGUCCGAUAUUAAUCUGUGUUACACACAUAUACUCUCACUUAUUAAGUUCACUGUCACUAUGCUGGGGUUAACAGUUUCUCACAACCACCAAUAAAGUAACCUAAUGCUAAAGUAA